AUGAAAUAUCUACAUACCUUUUUCUUUUUAAUCAUUGGUCUUCCAUCUUUUUUAACAAAUCAAGUUACAAAUGAAUUUAUUAUUCUUCUAAUUAGUCAACCUCAUAUAUAUAUUUUAAGUCAACUUCAUAAUGCUUCAACAUUUAUUCCAGCACAUAUUCCGCUUCUUUAUACACAUUCAUAUCUAUCAUCAGUCCCGAACUGGUAUGCAAUAUAUCCAUUGUUUUCAUCAAUCAUAAAUCAGUAUGCUCAGUUGAAAUGGCUUUUCAUAUGUGAACCUCAAGCACGCAUGAAUCUAAAUGAACUCAUAGCAUUUGCAGAAAACUCGAAUGAUGAUUAUGUUGGUCAUGGCUUAUAUGAUUCGGAACCGAGUAUAAUUCAUCACUAUUCAUUUUCAUUAGACAAUCCAUAUCCAGAUUUCGCAUCGGGUGUUUUACUAUCAAGAAAAAUUUUAUCAUUAUUUAUAAAUCGUUAUGAAACUUACACGAAAAAAAUUGAUUUUAUUAUUGAUGUUAAAUAUGAACUUAAUCAAUUAUUAAAUGAAUUGACAGACACGAAAUUAGUUGAUAGGCCAGAACUUUUUUGUAACAAAAAUAAAAAUACAUGUCUAACAUGGUACGAUGGACAAUAUGAUUAUUCAUGUGGGCGAACUAAUAUACAAUUAGAAGAUUUAUAUAUUGGUAUAAAAACAUUUAUAGGUUAUCAUAAGACACGUAUCGACUUUUUAAGAAAAACCUGGUUAAAUGAUAAACUUAAUUAUAAUUUUUUUACCAAUGAAAUCAAUGAAACAAAUGACAAUAAAAAUAAAGAAUUUAUUAUAUUAAAAGAAAAUACUGAACGUGGUCAUUGUCAUAAAACAUUUUCAAUUUUCCAUUAUUUUUAUUAUACAAAAGAAAAUUUAAAAUAUUUAAUUAUUGCUGAUGACGAUACACUUUUGUCCGUAGAACGAGUUCUUCGUCUAGUACGAUGUUUUAUGCUUUCAAAUGAUAUUCCUAUGGUACUUGGUGAACGAUAUGGUUACGGUAAUUAUUAUGAUUAUCCAACCGGUGGAUCAGGCAUGAUUUUUAAUCGACAAGCUGUACAACAGAUAAUUUCAAAUUGCGCAUGUCCAUCACCCGACACACCCGAUGAUAUGUUCUUAGGUUUGUGUCUAAAACGCAUUAAUAUACCAUUAACAAACAUCCCGGAAUUACAUCAAGCACAACCGGAUGCUUAUUCAAAGGAUUGGCUUGAACAUCAAAAACCCAUUAGUUUUCAUAAAUUCGAAGGUAUUAAUGUUGAACAAGUGUAUAGAACUUAUCUAUAUGAAAAACAUACGCCUAGUGAUGUCCCAUCUAAUCACAUCACCAAGGAUGAAUUUUGA